GGAGGACUUAAUUGUGUAUAUAAUGCUGCUGAGAAUAUUUCGUAGGCAUCAUUCAUUAGUCAUUUAUUCUCCAGGUUCGUCUACGCUGACUACGUACACGCUCUGCGGUUAUAGAUAGACAACAUGAACCAGCCAGCUAAAACACCUUUAGCUCCUGGGAAACCCCGUUCAGCCAAACCAUCCAAAAAGUCAGAUCAUGUCGAGGAACAGAUACAGGCCGACACUGGUGAACCCUCAGCACCUGCUCAUCAGAGACCAGAGACUCCAGUUCCUGAAGCUGACUCAAGUGAUCAGGAGAUCGAUCGAUUAUUUGCAUUGAUUAGUCAAAUAUUGGAUGAGAAGCUAGGAAAGAUGGACGAUAGCCUCAAAACUCCCCAACAGAAGAUUGUUUCGUCCUCAUCAUGUCAUCCUCAGAUACCGGGGACUCCAUAUUUGGAAGCUGAUCAACUCAAGUUAAUUAAGAGGGCGAUCAAGUCAGUGGUAACUAACUUGAUUAAAAACAUAUUAAAGAAAAUGGUGGAAGACCUGGAGGCUCGCCUCGAAACUACUGAUCUGUAGGCUCCAGUCCAAAAGCUUCACUGGUUAAUAUCUUCACAUGAGAGAUAUUAAUAUCACUGCGACCAUAUGAUCAUCCAUAUCAAUAAAUAAAGACUAGACAUUGGACUUUGACGUUUGAUCAUAUGUUCUAAUUCUAGAGUACCAUCAAUAUCUAUAUAUGUUUGUUGCUUGGCAUCGCACUAGCUAUAUAUGUGCUGGCCAGCUUGGUUGUUUAAUUUGGUAUUUUAAUUACAUGUAUGUUUGUUUAAUUAGAUGUUUAUCAUGUAUUCAGCAUAUAUUAACGACAUUUGUGCUUGGUUUGAUCAUCUCAUAUUUAA